AUGUCUUUAGCGUUGCAGACAUUGUUGAAGAGAGCGACCACUUAUCUGAACCUCUCGUCCGUCACCUCCAGAAAGCAGUCGUUGAGCGAUGACUUACGCGAAGAAGUGGUUUACAGCAAAAACAAUGUCUGCGUUCACUCCCUGGACAGACACACCAACCAAUUGGUCCACAACUUGGGAUACCUAACGAUCAAAACUCAUCUCAAUAACAAUAAUAAUCAAAACAGUGCUUCCGAUGACCAGCUGUGGACUCUAUGUCUUCAGUGGACACCAAAUGAAUGUCUGACCAAACAUUUGGAUCAUAAUUACGAGGAAUGCGUUCAAAACAAUCAUAUCAUUGCCGGUGAUGUUCAAAAUGAAAGCAACGAAUUGAUCCACAAAACAGAUGUCGAUGUAAAAGACAUGGAAAAGACAGCGGGAGGUGACGGAUGUGAUGAUGACUUCGUCCCAGAAUUUAAUAUCAGUAUUCAUAGCGAUUCCAAUAAUUACAAGAAUAUAACCAAUUCUAGUCAUUCCAGUGAUAGUGAACGCAAACGCAGGAACAGUGCGGCUGAAGACAAGAAUAAGCCGUCGAGUGAUAGUCGAGGGCUGAGUGUCAGACGGUGUCAGAGCUGUCGAAACACUCCUCUCAAAAGAAGUCUUAACAACGAGAACUCAAUCAAUACAUUUAGUGUCGAUUUAAAGCAAAUCAAGUCUUUGAGAGUAUUCUUCGGCGGUGAAGAAUCGGAGUCCAGUUGUCUAGUAAAUGGUUCUGAAGUCGGAGUAGAAGUGAUCGACAAUACGAGUGGACAACUGGUUAUUGUGAGCAGAGAUUCAUUCUAUAAGGUCUUUGACUUUCAUUGCGGAGGUUUAGACCGACUCCUCAAUGUGUUGAAUGGUUUGGACAUUUGGGACAAAUCCGAGACAUCGAAGGAAACCAAUUCAUUGCAGUUCUCUAUCUGUCGACCAAAACUUGAUUCACACGAAUGUCAUCCGGAAGAGGAGCUCUAUGUCAUAAUCGAUGACAACAAAUGGACAGAUAGUGUCAACGAAUUCGGACAAAUCAUUGACGAACAGACGCUGAGGAAAACAGUAUUCUUUGCCGGAAUUGAUCCGUGUCUUCGGCGCCAUAUUUGGCCAUUUCUUUUGCGAAGAUAUGAAUUUGAUUCGACAUUUUCUGAGAGAGAAUCCGAUGACUCGCUUAAAGCCAAAGAGUAUUAUGAGAUAAACAAGAAGUUAGAGGCAAUGAGUGACAGCGAAAGGGAUUGGUUUUGGCGACACAUCGAGAGCAUCGUCGAGAAGGACGUCCCGCGCACUGACCGCUCGAACCCGUACUUCGCCGGCGAUAACAACUAUAAUAUCGACAAAAUGAAGCGAAUAUUAAUAAACUUCGCGCUCUAUUGCCCGCAAAUGGGUUACACUCAGGGAAUGUCGGAUCUGUUGGCACCACUUCUUUGUGAGAUUCAAUGCGAACACAAGACCUUCUGGUGUUUUGUAUCUAUGAUGCGAUUGACUCGCUUUGUCUGUUCCCCCAAAGACACUGAUAUGGACCACAAUCUGGCAUUACUUCGGGAACUGUUGCGCCUAAUGAACCCCAACUUCUACCAACAUAUCAGACGAUUCUCUAAUGACUUGGGAUUACUGUUCACUCAUCGAUGGAUUCUGUUGUGUUUUAAGCGUGAAUUCCAUGAGACAGAAGCCCUUCAUAUAUGGGAGUCGUGUUGGUCUCACUAUCAGACCCAUUACUUCCACCUAUUUAUAUGUUUAGCCAUUAUCUGUAUUUAUGGUAAAGAUGUCAUCACACAUGACAUGGAUUCCGAUGAAGUGCUCUUCCAUUUCAGUACACUCUCGAUGAAUAUGAACGGAAAGUUGAUUCUCAGAAAGGCCAGAGGGCUGUUCCAUGAAUUCAAUAUUCUGCCAAAGAUUCCGUGUUCUCUCAAGAAUGUCACCAAAUGUGGGCCUAAUAUAGAGAUGUGGGAUAAUAACAGAGAGCAAGUGAUUGAAUGUAUCAAAAAAUUGCCAAAUGUCUGUAAUUCCGGUGCAAUGUGUGGCUGCGACCCAAAUACCCAAUGAUAUACUAAUCAGUGAAAUGCAAAUUAAACUCAAUAUUAUUAAUAUAUAAAACAAAUUUAUGUGAAAUUUUACGAUAAUAUAACUCAAAACCUAG